CAAUCCACAGAAAGAGCCAAAGAUGUCGGCUCGGUCAUGUGAUCAGCUGUAUCCAAUCACAGCUGAUCACAUCGCCACCUGCCAGUGUCCAUCAGUGCCAGCUCUCAGUGCUCAUCCAUGCCACCUGCCAGUGCCCAUCAGUGCCACAUAUCAGUGCCCAUCUGAGCUGCCUUUCAGUGUCACCCAUCAGUGCCGGUCAGUGCCACCUAUCAGUGCUGCCAAUCAGUGCCACUUAUCAGUGUCGCCUAUCAGUGCUCGUCACUGCUGCCUAUCAGUGCCACCUAACAGUGCCAGUCAGUGCUGCCUAACAGUGCCAGUCAGU